GUUGGCAUCACAGCUCGAAAAACCUCCACACUGCAUCACGCCCUGAGUGGAAUGGAAGAAAAGGACAAGAAAGAACAUGGGGAGUAUAUCGGAGAGAUAAAGGGGGGGCUGCGGCCUUCAAUGAAACUGGUCGUUAUGGGAAUUAUUAACAAAAAACCCAAGAGCAUUGAGGUGAUUGUGUCCAGUAAGCCUCAGGAGGAGGACACAGAGGGCGACGUGGGACUUCAGUUAAAGGUCAACUUCACGGAUAAGGCCGUCCAACGUAACGCCCGCCUGGCUGGAAAGUGGGGUCGAGCUGAAACUACCCUCUCUUUCUUUCCUUUUGCACCAGGAGAAUCCUUCAAGAUGGAGAUAGUUUGUGAGCACCAACAGUUUCGUAUCUUGGUGGACGGACAGCCUCUGUGUGGAUUCACCCACCGGCUCUCUCCGCUUGCCUCCCUCACUGCCUUACGAGUCUUUGGAGAUCUACAGCUCACCAAGGUGGCCUAACACCAGCGAGUAGAAAGAAGCAUACAUUAGGGACGUUCUGGGACAGUAUUCAAAACAUAAGAUUAGAAUAGAGCUACUUUUUGAGUGAAUAAAUGAACCCAUAGUGGGGGUGUCCAAAUAAAGUUACGCCUGCCUCGUAAUGACGUGCUAAGACAAAGUGCCUUCACUAGAUUACCUAUUUGGAGACUUGAAGAUAAUGACUGAAUGUAACAGUCAUCAUUGUCUUAAAUAAACUGGAGAAUGUGAUUUGAAGUGAAUUAAGCAAAUGUGGUCUAAGCUAUAAUAUUUUCCCGUAAGGAACAUUUGUACAAACACGAUGCGUCACGAAGUGCUGCAUCAGACUUUGUACAUUCGGAUCUCAGACGUUUGUCUUUGAUUUCUCUGGAGAUAACCUUUGAAAGCACUUCCGUUUACGAGCGCCUGCAUGAAGAUGAAUGUUCCUGAAAUCAAUUGAUUGUCAUUCUGUGCCCGACUAAGUACUGUAACAGGUGUAAUAAUGUAAAACGAUAGCUUGCGUUAGUGCAUGCCAGUAAUACACACAUUAUGUGUCAUUCUUUUGAGGUUGCCUCCAGAUUCAACACAAAGCUGGAAGGAUUAGAUUUAUGUCACACUUUCUGUUAUUCUACCAUCAUCAGUUUUAGCUUUUUAAAAGCCUCUAACGCCCACAGGUUUGUGUGCUUAGAUUUUUACCACAAGCACUUUUUAUGUGAAUGUUUCAUAUUGACUUUUCUCACCUGCAAUAAAUCACUUUUGUUGUUA